AUGUUUUAUCAAUCCUCUAAGACAAAUUUGAUAGGAAACACAAUUCUUGUUUAGGGUGGAAUAUUUAAAUUAUUUGAUACUGGUGACAAUCCUAAAGAUGCAAAGUUCUUGGACAAAGUGAGGAAGGAACUGUGUUUAAUCAAUUUUCAGAAUUCAAAAUAGACUGGAUCAUUUAGAUAGAGUGUGAUCAUCCCGAAGAUUAAAGAUGGAUAGGCCUGCGAAUUUAAACCAUUGAAUGAUACAGAUGGGUUAUUGAAAGCCUACUAUUCAUUGCAAUAUAAGGAUCAAAUAUAGCAUUUUAUGAAUAAGAAUCCAAUAUAUAAUAAGGUGAAGAUGAAAUAUUAAUUGUAAUUUAAUGACAGAGUAACUAUGCCCUCAGCAAAGAAUUGUAUAAUUUAUGAUAUCAUUUGCACAGAUAAAAAUAAGUUUGUAUUACAAUUUGGAAAAUGUGCAAAAAAGACUUAUUCAGUUGAUAUUUGUCACCCAUUAUCUAUUUUAUAAGGAUUUGCAAUAUGCAUCUCAUAAUUUGAGAGAAAAGAUUGA